AUGGCCAAAUCAGACUUAGCUGCCUUCAGGCCAAGUCCUGCUUCCUUGGCUCGAAACGUCCUCAGUGUGUUAGCAACGCUCCUUGUUGCACACCAGGGCUUGGAUGCAAAAUCGGCAAGUCCAAAAAACUCCAUCGGCUUAUUUGUGGCUAUCCCACUGCUGCUUGUGACUCUGGACAAGACCUUCUACCUGGCAAUUUUGGCCUUGAAGGCUUUGGCGGUGUCGUGGCUUUUCUGGAGAUCUGCUUCCUUCGAUGUGAUCUCGCUUACGCUUGCUGCUCUUAUUCUUCUGGAGACCUUCGUCAGAUGGCCAGGUUGGGGCAAGAGCUUCCUCAAAAAAGCCAGCGGCUCGAACUUGAACAAUGCUAUCAAAAGCAUCAAAAAGAACGGGAAGAUUGAGUAUGAGGACCUCCAGGAUGAUUCGUUCAAGGUGGACACGGAACGGUAUGCAUUGGAGUUGGAGAAGAACCUCGGCAGCGAUCUCACAGCCAAAACGCUCUUUUUCGCCCUUAUCAAAUCGUUUCCUUCGCAGUUUGGUGCUGCUUUCUUUUUCAAAUUUGCUAGCGCCUUGCUCGGGUUUCUGGAACCAUGGCUCAUUGGUAAGCUUAUUCAUGUCGUGAAUCAGAGAUAUCAUGGCGAGCAAGUAGAGUUGACUCACGGCAUUUUCCUUGCAUUUGCCAUAUUCUUCAAUUCUUUAUUAGAGAGCCAGGCAGACGCAUUCUUUUCAUUGAGCGAAAGGAAGCUCAGAACCAUGGUCCUGAAGUCGGUGGAGGCCGUUGUUUACAAGAAGAUCGUUCGUUUAUCACCCAAAUCCAGAGAAGAGUUUCCCGUGGGCAAGGUUCUCACCUUAUUAUCUUCAGGCCUUUCAGAUAUAACAUUGGCUCCUUACAUCCUUAUCGCGACGGCGUUUAUGGAUGCAAGUGCGAUUGUCUCGUUGGUUGCCCUUUGGAACUUGCUUGGUUUCGCCUCGAUUGUUGGAAUCUCUGCAUUGGUUCUUUUUGUUCCGCUCAACAAAUACGCACUUCGUCAACUGUCCAACUCCAGGAAAGAGACUCAAACUGUCGACACUCAGCAGACCCAGCGGAUCAACGACCUUUUUGCGUCCAUCAAGGCUGUCAAACUCUAUGCCUGGGAGCAUGUGCUUCUGGAGAAGUUGAUCGAGGCCCAGGAAACAGAAGUGACAGCGGUGGAGCGGAAAUCAAUCAUGACUUCCAAUCUCUGCCGACUCAUUUGGACCAGUCAAAGCUUCAUUGUCUCACUUACGACACUUUCUUAUCUCAAAUACGUUUCGAAGGCUCACCUCACCCCAGAGGCACUUUACCCUAUUGAGUCGUUGCUCAAGAAAGUGGAGCGCUCUAUCACCAUGUUUCCCAUGACCAUCAACAUUUUCAGACGGACGAGAACAGCCUUCUCCAAUGUGGCCCUGUUUUUGAAUGCACCUGAGCUUGAGUCCAACCAUUUGACUGAUGAUUCUGACAAUGCAGUGGUCGUUCUGGGUGUUUCUUUCGACUGGACUGAAAGCGGCAAAAGAGCCUUGCAUGACAUCACCUUGCAAGUGAAGAAAGGCGAAACGAUCAGUGUUGUGGGCAAAGUUGGGCUGGGCAAAACUGCGCUUUUGUUGGCCAUUCUUGGUGAGCUUCAGCCCAUCGAUUCCAAAAUCACCCGAAAUGGUCUGGUUGCCUAUGUAGGCCAGGACCCAAGCAUUUUCAGUGGCACAUUGCGUGAAAACGUUCUUUUUGGGCUUCAGUACGAUGAGCCCGUUUACAAAGCUGUUCUCACUGCCUGCCAGCUUGACGAAGAUAUCAGCCGUUUUCCUGAGAACGACCUAGUGCUUGUGGGCGAGAAAGGCAUAAAUCUUUCUGGUGGCCAAAAAGCUAGAAUCGCUCUUGCCAGAGCCGUCUACUCUGGUGCUGACAUUUACAUCUUGGAUGAUGUGCUCAGCGCUGUGGAUAACCAUGUGGGAUUCGAGCUCAUGAAGAGUUUGUUUGUGCCCGGUGGGCUUUUGGAUGGCAAAACGGUGAUAGCUUCUACAAACAACGAUCGGUUGAUCAGUAUUUCUCUGAAGCUUGUGUUCCUUGAGGAGGGAGUCAUUGAGGAGGUUGUCAGUUUCGAUGAAGCCGUGAAGCAUCCCAAAUUGAGCGGUUUCAUCUCAGGUCAAGAAUUUAAAGCUUUGACGACGUCUGCCCCAGAAAUCAAGAUUCGUCCCGUGAAGGCCAAACUCGAGUUAGACCCGCUCAAGGAACAUCUCCAGAAAACAGAACCCAAGGAGGAAAAACCAUCCCAGCCAGCCCAGACAAACCUUCCCAAAGGUGUCAUUGCUGACUAUGCUGACAGCUUCUCCAUUCUCCUGAUUGUGACAGCCGUAACUCUCAGUCUAGCAAAGGGACCACUUGAGGUAGGUUCAGAAAGGCAGCUAGCCAAAUGGGUAGAUGGCAGCCAAUACAGCUUUGUAUGGUAUGCAAUUGGUGGGGUUGUAGCCGAAUUGGCGGGAUUAUUGAAAGCUUGGUUUGACCUUCUCAAGUUCUCCAUCACGGUCAGAAACCGCUACUUCAGAAGAAUGGCCCGGGGACUUGCAGGAACUUCCAUGCGGUUUUUCGACAAGACUCAGGUUGGCGAUAUCAUUUCCCGAUUCAACCAAGAUUGUGCAGAUAUCGAACCGAUUCCACAAUUCAUUUUCAGCAGAUUAGAGCUUCUUAUCACCGCAGGCACCACAGUCGCUAUAAUUGCGUACAAUACCCCUGCGGCGUUUCCUUUCUUGAUCCUUGUCGGUUUUGGUAUCUAUUUCUACCAAAGUACCCAUUCAGCUGCUCAAACACAGUUUUCCAAGCUUAGCCUGGCAUCUAGAGCUCCAAUAACCUCGAUUGCCCAGCAGACAUACGUCGGUGCAGAAACCAUCAGAGCUUACGGAAGUAUUGGCUAUUUUGCUCAGAGGCAACAUGCAGCUAGUGACUUCGAGGCUCAGUCCGCUUUGUUGUCGAGUUUAUUGCUCAAUUGGCUUUCGGUGAGGCUUCUGUUCUUCACUUCGGCCAUUGUGCUUUCCUGCUCCUUGUCCUUUGUUCUUUGGGGUGGAAGCACUAUUUCUGGUGGCCUUGCCGUAUUUGUUUUGAGUUAUGCCGAGCAGGUAGCCAGCGGCCUCAAACUGUUGCUUGGGAUUCACUCCGGCUGGAGCUCCAAGUUCCUUCCUGUGGAGAAAUGUUUGGAGUUUGUCAAUUUGGAAGCAGAGGAGAACCGCAGGGAGAAAGUGGACAUUCCAUCUAACUGGCCCUCGGGCGAUAUCGUAUUCGAGAAUUUCUCUGCAACAUACGAGGACGACGAACAGCCAGUGCUUAAGAACCUCAACUUGACCAUCAAGGCCGGUGAGAAAAUCGGCAUAGUUGGCAGAACCGGAGCCGGAAAGAGCAGUAUAGUUCUAGCUCUUUUCAGAAUGCUCAAACCUACCGGAGGCAGACUCCUCAUUGGUGGUAUUGAUGUAGAGGACGUUCGGCUCCAGGAUCUCAGAGCAGGACUCGGGAUCAUUCCACAAGAUUCCUUGCUUUUCGUGGGCAGCAUCCGUGAAAACAUCGAUCCUUUGGGCGAGUACCUGGACGAUGCUAUCUGGGAGGCAUUAGCUGACUCCCACUUGAAGUCAUUCGUUGAGUCUCUUGGUGGGUUAGACAGCAAGGUUGGAGAGGCAGGAUCCAACUUCUCUGGAGGCCAAAAACAGCUUUUGUGUUUGACCAGGGCGCUUCUCAAGGACUCUGGCAUCGUGCUUAUGGAUGAAGCCACCGCUUCUGUGGAUCUCGAAACGGAGAAGCUUGUUCGGGAAGUGAUCGCCAAGAAAGGUGUUGGUAAGACGGUGAUCACCAUUGCUCACAGAACCGAGACGGUGUUGGAUCUGGACAAGGUCUUGGGCUUGGCAGACGGGCAGAUUAAGGAAUUUGAUGCUCCGCUGGUUUUGCUAAAGGAUCUGAGCUCCUUGCUCCACGGAUUGGUGCACCGCUGA